AUGUCAAACCCGCCGCCCGCUCCCGAAGAUACCCUGCCUAGCCCCCUGGUGACACCUGCCGCGCCUGCCCAACAUGAUUGCUCGGAGGACGUUGCGAUCGCUCGGGCCAGCCCACGUCACCACUUGACGCGAGGCCGACACCAGUCCCAGGGGGCUCAAGAGGCGUUCUCGCCAUCGCGCGCCGAAUCCCCCAACGUGCAUCAGUGGUCUCGUCCUGCUGCUCCCUUUGCCGUCAAAAGGUCCUCCACGGUCCCGCUGGAUGCCCCUCUCCAUCCUGACACUUUUUACAGCCCACAGCUGUCCGAACGAGACAGCUUGGAAAAUGACCGUCUGGUGAAUGCUAUUCCUACCCUGAAUGAUGUGCCCGGAUCUCCAAGUCCUCCUUCCAAGGUCUCUCCCCAUCAUUCCUACGUCGACCCUUCCCGCAUGGAAGUUGACGUCCGCAGACACUAUCCAUUGCGCUCCCCACUGCAAUAUUCUUCCGCCGAUGUCUCCCCAUUCUCUCCCUUGCGCUCCGCUGUCUUCACCGCAGAUCAGGUGAAGAGCCAGGAAGGAAAGCCCGGCAUCCGAUUGGUACCAUCGGUGCCUACCGCUGAACCAGGUACGAAGAUUGAUGCCUCUCAAGGCUCACUGGCUGAACGCAGUCUUCUUCCCUCUGCGCUAGAGAAUGUCUCCCAAGCCUCUGAAGCUCUAGCCUCCUCCGCACCUGGUCAAGAUUGGUCGCUAUUUGGUCGGGAACCCUUCAGCCCCUUUGGAGACCCUUCAGACAGUGCUACGGUGGAACAGAGUGUAAGCAGAGGUCGUCGCGGGCGAGUGGACAAUUCAAUUGAGGCCAACCUCGCGAAUGCAGAGCCUGCAUCCAACGUGCGCAGUCGUAAAUCAAGUCACUACUUAGGCUUAUUUAAAGAGAAUACCGCUACCUCGCCGGAACGAAAAACAUGGGAUGACCGCACUCACCCCCAGAAAGAAGGCGCAGAGCCACCAGAGCCCAUGAUGGGAUCUCAAUUGCAGAGAGCGAAUCCUGCAAUGGAGGGCGAAGGGACCCUACGAAAGAGUGUAUCCCUUCCUGUCCUUGGAGAUGCGCCGUCGAUGGAACCGCAGCCUUCAGCACAGUCACCAUGGCAGGCAGAAGCAGAUGAUCUUCAUAAGCGUCGCCCACCAGCACUCCCUCGAAGUCUCCUCGAAGAAAUCAGGAACUUCCAUCUCACCCCAGGAGGGCGACACGGCUCAUCAUUUUCCAAGAGUAUCCCGACACAAUACUCGGAACGUGGCCGGGAUUAUUUCCAGCAACAACCCCAUGUUGAGCGCUUUCCAGAAUUUAGCCCCAGUGAAGAGGACACUCGCCGGGAUCUUGCACGGAUCGCAGAGGAGGAAUGCAACGAGGAGCAGAUAUCUUCUGCCGUUUAUUUCCCCCACGAGCGGGUGAAUGAACCAGGAGGACUUAAUGUCCCGGGUCAGCUCUCGGACGAUCCGCAUGCUGUUCAGUCGAUUGAGAUAUCAGCUCCAGAGCCAGGGCAUGAGCUGAUGUUGGUCUCUCAAGAGCGUCACAUCCCUGCAACCGAGAAGGAACUCGGCCGCGUGGAUAUUUCUAUCCGUUCUAGAAGUGAAAGUAAGAUCCUGCACGGCGAUCUGUCCGGUUUACGGUCCCCAACAGAAAGUGGAGCAGACUCCUUGGGCUCUAUUCCCGAGCACCAUGUGGAUUCUACAUGCGAAUCAGAGGCAUCUGCAGAUGAAAGUAAUCAGUCAGUUAUCGAGGAGUCUAGUCUUACAGACGACGCUGGGGUCACGCCCACCGCUACGCCCACCCAACGCUCCCGUCUCUCUCUACGUCGCAAAACCACUGGCCCUCUAGGGGCCGUAGAACUCAAGCCUUACAGACACCAAGUCGGUGGCCAUACAACCGUAUUUCGCUUCUCUCGCCGUGCUGUUUGCAAGCAGCUGAAUAAUCGUGAAAAUGAGUUUUAUGAGCGCAUUGAAAAGAGACAUCCUGAGAUGCUGCGUUUUCUGCCACGUUACAUUGGUGUUCUGAACGUCACUUUCUCUAAAACAUCGAAACGCGUAAAUGGCAAUGCCGAUGACCCUGCCAGCACCCGCUCGAGCCGAACCAACGGAGUAUCUGCGGAUGGGACUCAGCCGACAGAAGCCCCAGAGCCACAGCGGAUUGUGAGCCAGAGUCAAGUUACAGGAGUGACAGCCAAGGUUGUUCUUGAGAACAACCGCCAUAUCAUUCCUCAAGAUCUCUUCUCCCGCCAGCGGUCACGCUUAAUGGAUGAUCCGGCAAUCAACCGGCCCCAUUCAGCAGAUGGACGUGAUUCAAACUCGAAAUCGAGCACCUCUCGGACUCCCCAGACGAAGAAGUGGGGCGCGACGACCGUGAAUAGAAAACUCAAGGAGCAAGUUCUCCGCGAGGUCUUCAGCCCGCCUGCUAUACAUCACCACCGCCGACAUGCACGUGGACCUAUGCAUCUAGCCCGAGCCACAUCGGAUAUUCAAAAUCCACCCAGCAUCUCGGAUCGACAUGGAAGCUUACCGGAGAAUGGGCUGUCAAGAUCCAAUCCUCGUUCCUCAGCGAUGAGCAAACGAGAGAGUCUGAACCCUGCGGCGAAAGACAUCAUAUCGUCCAGUCGUGACGGCCUAACGUUGUCAUCCUCAGCAUCGACGGCUUUGGAUGAGAAUCGAAAUAGCCUUGAGAGUCCCACCCAUGAGAAUGACUCUAACCGGACACAGUCCCUUAAUCGCGGCCAGGCAGUACGGCGAAGGCAUUCUGGAGGUGGUCUUCAGAGGCGAAUCUCGAUGGACUCGAAACCGGGAGAUUUGAUGUUCUUUGAUGACGAAGGAUAUGGUGGUGAUAAAGAGGAUGAUAUUUUCUCCAUGGAGAGCGAUGCUCCAGUGUCAUCCGAGUCCACGGCAGUCAGGCCAACUGUUCUCUCCCGUAUCCGGGAGAACUUUGACCGAUGA